UGAACAGAAAGUAAACUUCAUUGGCUAAACAACAGCUGCGACAUAAGAAAAUGCAGAUAUGCACAUGAAGUUUUUAAGACAUGGAAGGAACAGGACGUUAAUGCUAAAAUGGAUUCUGAUUGCUGCUUUCACCAGUGACGUUUCACAAUCUCUGGAAUCUAAGGAAAUUCCAUUUCCAAGCCACACUGAGAACUUUGAAGACACUUUGAUAUGGGCCGUGAAAAUUGGAGAUUCUGCUUCUAACAAAUAUGGGUUACAAGACAUUGAAGACAUUCAGAGGGAAGAUGAUUUAAAACACUUGGCGUACUCAGUUGAAAGUGAUUUGAAUAUACAUAGCCUAGGGAAAAUUGGAGAGAUACCAAAUAUUUUCUUAUUUGGAUAUAAUGUGCUUGAUGGUUCUGAUGAAUCUGUCAAAACCUGGACAUUUGCUGACCUUCACAACUACCACAGAAAGGUUCUGGACGAGGAGUUCAUACAGAAGGCUCAGGUCAAUCUAGAAAAGAAAUUUGAUAGCCAUGAGAACAUUGUGUGGUACAGUCGUCAAAAAAUAGUGUCCAGACAAAAGAGGAGAGCUACAUUUGAAGACCCCCUCUAUAAGGAACAAUGGCAUCUGAAAAAUCAUAUCUACUGGGCCAUGGACAUCAAUGUGACGGGUGUUUGGAACAGAAAUGUAACCGGGAAAGGUGUCACUGUCGCUGUGGUAGAUGAUGGUCUAGAAUGGACCAAUCCUGAUCUCCAAGACAACUACAAUGCAGCCGGAAGCUGGGAUUUGAACUCUGAUGACCCUGAUCCUAUGCCAAACAGUCGACUAGAAUCCAACCAUCACGGCACCAGGUGUGCUGGAGAGAUUGCUGCCGUGCACAACUCUAUUUGUGGAGUGGGCGUGGCCUAUGAGGCUAAAGUUUCUGGGAUUAGGGUCCUAGAUGGACCAAUGACUGACAGUCUGGAGGCUGCUGCGUUCACCAAACAUUUACAGAUAAAUGAUGUGUAUAGCUGUAGUUGGGGCCCUGACGAUGAUGGUAAAACAGUCGAUGGACCCCACCUCCUAGCACAGGCUGCUAUGAGGUACGGGAUCAACUACGGGCGUGGCGGUUACGGAAAUAUUUAUGUUGUUGCUAGUGGUAACGGGGGUCGCUUUCAAGAUAACUGCAAUUUUGACGGCUAUGCAAAUUCCCUUUACACCGUAACCAUAGGAGCUGUGGACGAGACUGGACAAAUGCCGUUUUACGCGGAGGAGUGUGCGUCCAUGUUGGCGGUCACAUUCAGCAGUGGUAGCUCCUUCUCCCAGAGAAGUAUAGUGAGUCAACCCUUCCAUGACUGGGUCGUGGAUGUGAGCGUGGCAGACUGGCAGAAGAAUGGAGUGGGUCUUUUCCACAGUCACAAGCACGGCUUCGGGCUGAUGAGGGCCUGGCGACUUGUCAAUGCAGCCAAGAUAUGGACCAUGGUUCCCUGGUUGACAGCCUAUUCCUAUGACAGUGGCACGAUCAAAACAGAAAUCCCUAAAUCUGUAGCUAGUCCCCUCAAAGCCCAAUAUAUAGUUCGAAAGCACAGCUCCACCAAAGGGUUUUCUGAUUGGACGUUCAGCACAGUCCGAUGUUGGGGAGAAAAACCUAUAGGAACCUGGAUACUGACCAUCAUAGACACAGAUGCAGGUAACCAUGGUGUAGGAUUCCUUACCAAGUGGAAACUACUGUUAUACGGCAGUCCAAUGUCUCAAGAGGAGUUUCAGUACCGCAAGAAAGCGGUUCACAAAGCUAUGAGUGGAGAGUUCCUAAAUGACACAUAUCAUCUGCCAUGUGGAGACCCGCGUGUCAAAGCCAGACCUGACGCUCCAAUGUCAGAGAAAACUCUCAAGAUACUGGCCUUGGUCAGUGCGUUCUGUCUCAUCAUGGCUAUAUACGAGAGUCUGGAAUAUGGCCUCUGUUACAAGGAGGAAAAAAAGGAACAAAAACAACGUAAAAACCUUAGGAAAGAUGCCGGCUAUAUGGCUAAUAGGAACAGGGUCGGAGGUCAUGACUCAUCAGAAACUAGAGCCCUAUUGCAAGAGGAAGAAGAAAUCCCAUUGGAUAUUAUAUCGUCCAAUCAAAAUAAUUCAUCAACAUCAUCCAUUCAUAAUAAUUCAAAUCCAAGCCUUGACACAAGUUGGAACAGUUUUUCCGAGAGUGACAUGAACCUACAACGAAUGCCUGACCUCGGGGACGAGGAGGAGGAGGAGGAGGAGGUCGUCUACUCGCAACAACGUAAUGAUUGGAGCAAAGCAUGUGAUAGCCAACAGAGAAACACGCCCGUAUAUGCAAGCAUAGCCAAUCAGAGCACUUCCUUGUUGACCAAUCACAACACAGAAUGAGUAAACGGGGGAUGGUAUACAUGAGAUAUUUUAUCUGUUGACUUGAUAUACAUACUUAUGUGGUUCCUUUCUAUUCUUCAAAUAUAACAUUUAUAAAAACCUGUCUUCCAGUACAAGUAGUUGUUCUCAAGUAAGCUCCAUAGUAUUGUUAUAAUGGAAUAACAUGUGUUGGAUUGCGAUGCUCAGUAUAACUGUAUUUCUGUUUGAGUUGUAACAUUGCUUACACAUGUUUACAGUUUAACCAAUGUAAUGGAGAGAGACAGGAGGUUCACAGUCAGUUAUGACAACACUGAGUUAAUGCUUCCAUCACAAUCCUAACAACUGAUUCCUGAUUUUGUUUCCAAGUCAAUUUAGUCAAUAAUGUUAAUUUUCAAAAUAUGUUUUUUGCCUUUAUCAAUAAUUUAAAAUCUUCAAAAUAUAACCUUUUAACUUGGUCAGUAACAUAAAUGUUUAACUCAGUCAAUUACUUAAAUUAUCAAAAUAUAAUCUUUUA